AUGCAUCGGUGUGAGAGCGAUCCAGUAGAACCUAAGAUGGCAGAACUCGAAGUGCCCAUCAAAAUCCAGUUUCUCAAACUGAAACGUAUCAAUGAGCUGAACAAGAGACUGCGGGAGGAGAUCAAGCGGGAAAGAAUCACUGCGUCGAAUUCGUGUCUGUCGAUCAUCGAUUAUAGCACGUCCCAUCGAGACUAUACACUACCUGGCAUAUGGGGUCACCCACCGCCAGGUUCCAACCCGUUUCGUGGCAGCACGCGCGGCUCGCAGCGCAAAUACGCCGGACACCAGAGCGAGAGCUCCACGUGUUGUGUGCUGAUGUAG